GUUGGGAGGAGCGGAGGGGCAGCCGAUUGGGCCCAGGCCCGGCCCCGCCGCCGCCGCCAUGAACAGCGUUGGGGGCGCCGAUGAGAUCGGAAAGUUGUUUGUGGGUGGCCUAGAUUGGAGCACGACACAAGAAACGCUCCGUAGCUACUUUUCCCAAUAUGGGGAAGUUGUCGACUGUGUAAUAAUGAAGGAUAAGACAACCAAUCAGUCGCGGGGAUUUGGAUUUGUCAAGUUCAAAGAUCCCAACUGUGUGGGGACAGUCCUGGCCAGCAGGCCCCAUACAUUAGAUGGACGAAACAUCGAUCCAAAGCCCUGUACCCCUCGAGGAAUGCAACCAGAGAGGACACGACCAAAGGAGGGAUGGCAGAAAGGAUCCAGGAGCGACAAUAAAUCGAAUAAAAUUUUUGUCGGUGGGAUCCCUCACAACUGUGGUGAGACGGAGCUCAGGGAAUACUUCAAAAAGUUUGGAGUGGUCACUGAAGUGGUAAUGAUCUAUGAUGCAGAGAAGCAGCGGCCCCGAGGUUUUGGAUUUAUUACUUUCGAGGACGAACAAUCAGUGGACCAGGCUGUCAACAUGCAUUUUCACGACAUCAUGGGCAAAAAAGUGGAGGUGAAGCGUGCCGAGCCUCGGGAUAACAAAAGCCAGACGCCAGGGCCGACGGGUGCCAGCCAGUGGGGAAGCCGCAUCAUGCCAAGCGCUGCCAAUGGCUGGGCAGGGCAGCCCCCACCGACUUGGCAGCAAGGCUACGGGCCUCAAGGUAUGUGGGUACCAGCAGGACAAGCACUUGGUGGGUACGGCCCCCCUCCUCCAGGCCGAGGAGCUCCACCACCACCACCGCCUUUUACCUCGUACAUCGUCUCCACACCUCCAGGAGGAUUUGCACCCCCACAGGGCUUCCCACAGGGAUACGGCACCCCUCCACCCUUCAGCUUUGGCUACGGUGCUCCGCCUCCUCCGCCCGACCAGUUUGCCCCCGCUGGCGUUCCUCCACCGCCUGCCACCCCCGGGGCCACACCACUAGCUUUCCCACCACCACCGCCACCAUCUCAGCCAACUCAGGACAUGAGCAAGCCACCAACCGGCCAACCAGAAUUCCCCUAUAGUCAGUUUGGGCUGGGUACCUAUUCUCAAGACCCUUCAGGCUUCGGGCCAAUUCUUUGUUUACACACUUAUGGUCAGGCUGAGAAGUGAGUUACCCUAGG